AUGCUGUUGGAAAAGCCCGAAGACGUAAAACAUGAAAAUUCCUCCGGAACUGUAUGUGCCAUUUAUGGGGUCGAUGCUCAUCCAAAGCUCCAAUUAUUUGCAACUGCUGGAGGAGACAAUAGCGUCAAGAUUUGGUCCUUAGAAAUACAAAAGAAGACGGAGGAAGGAAUUGCUUCCUUUGAGUUAUUAGUGACUCUAUCAAAUCAUCAACAGGCUGUCAAUUGCGUCCGAUGGGCAGGUCAUGGGCGUUAUUUAGCCUCAGGUUCAGAUGAUCAAUUGAUUUUACUGUACGAAUUACAGACGGGAACGCUAGCUCCGGUUCCAUUUGGCUCGAAUGCACGACCUAAUAAACAGAAUUGGGUUCAUUGUGCUACACUUGAGCGACAUACAAUGGAUGUUGCGGACAUUGCGUGGUCACCGGAUGAUCGGAUGUUAGCAACUUGUAGCAUUGAUAAUACUAUUUUGAUCUGGAAUGUGAGUGUGGGAGGAAUUAGUGAAGUCAUGACACAGCCACUACAAACGCUUACAGGACAUAAUGGCUGGGUUAAAGGUGUUGCAUGGGAUCCCGUUGGCAAGUAUCUGUCGAGUGCUGGCGAAGACAAGACUGUCCGAAUGUGGAAAGUCGCUGAUUGGCAGGAGUCUGAUGUUGUGAAAGAGCCCUUUGAAGGAUGUGCGUCCACAUCGCACUUCCGUCGAUUGUCAUGGUCUCCUGACGGUUCAGUUCUCUGUGCUACACACGCUUUUAGCUCCAAGAAAAAUAUCGCGGCACUAUUGAACCGCGGAUCCUGGACAAACGAUCUUAAAUUUGUCGGCCACCAGGGUGUCGUAACUAGUGCUCGAUUCAAUCCUAAACUGCUUGUGACUACAGCAGACCCCGACAAGGAAUUUGCAUGCUGUGCUGUGGGUGGUGAAGAUGCGACUGUAAGCAUCUGGCUAGCUCACUUAGCACGCCCACUGGCUGUUAUUAAGGAUUGUUUUGACUCAUCCGUAACGGACUUAUCGUGGUCGAGUUCCCAGUCGCUGCUUCUCGCCUGCUCGCUUGAUGGCACGGUGUGCUGCUUCCAGUUUGAUGCAGAUGAGAUUGGCACUCCUAUAUCGGAUGCUCAGCAAAGCAAACUCCUUCAAGCAAAGUAUGGAUCUCGAGCCGGUAUUACGCUCGCAUCGACAUUGGUUGAAGGUCCAAUUCAGCUUCAGCUCGAAGAAAAGUCGACAACUUUACCACGAUUAGCUGUCAGUCAGCCUUUUGGCGGUAACGCUGCUACCGUAGCAAACCACACAACCAACACUCUUAUCCCAAAGAGGAAAAGGGCAGACAGCCAGGCAACCAUCACACCGCAAAGCAAACCACCCAGUGGAGCGAGCAACGGAGACAAAAAGCGGAUUGCUCCAGUGCUACUUCCGACGAACGUCCAUCACUCAGCCAAUAAUCCAGCAUCAUCGCAGAAUAGUAUCCGCAACAUCUUGGGUCCGACAGUCGUUUCACCCAGCAGUGUGACGGCACCGGACGUCACACUGCUGGACACUCGCAUGACCACAACGAGUAAGAAGGAGGUUAGUGCUGUUCGUGAGACCAACAUAUCUCCUAUACUUGAGUCAAGCACUGCGCUGAGUCAUAGCGAGACGAUUGGGUUGACCCUCAAUGAGAAACCUGUUGGCUUGACGACAAAUGACGCACCGCCUAAACCGAUGAAGGUAGAAGAGAAGAAAAACGGAGUUGAUGGUACUUCAUUGAAGAGAAAACGAGAAAGUGAGCGGCCUAUAACUCAAGCCACCGCCGUACUAGCAAAUUCAAGAGAAGUUGUUGCUCGAGCAUCAAAACUACUGAACGAAAGGAUUAGUGCUGGCAUGACCAAGGGAGUUCAGUUGUUACCUGAAUUUCCAGUUCGGCUGCUGUUCUCAGUGGAAAUAGACAUGAAGACACAAUCCAGCACUUUAGACUCAAUAUUGAAUGACAACACAAGAAGCAGGUUGGUGUCAUCUAAAGUAGUGAUAGAAGUUGUUGUUCACAAUUUGAAAAAACUUCAGUCAGAGGAAAUCAUAGAGUUAGGUUCACUGUAUUCAACGAUAAAGUGUUCUGAGGGAAGCGAGUUGAAGUGGAUUGAUCGUGUCCCUGGCCGAGCCGUUUGCGUAGUUGGAAACGCUAGGUAUUGUGCAGUUGGUGUACACAACGGCGACCUAUUUAUUCUUAGUAGCAAUGGACGGCGUUUGUUUCCAUGUAUCGCCUUGGGCAGUGCUAUAUCAGUGAUGGAGUGCAGUAAGAGCGAGUCACCUUAUUUGCUGGUGAUAUUGGGGACAGGCGAUUUGAAAGUUUGGGAUUUUGCUCAACGCAAGCUCAUACUCUCAAGCUCUAUUGAGGCAAUUACAACUAUUACACCAGAAGAAGAUCGGAAGCUAACUCUUCUUCGGUGCCAAGUUACGAAGAAGGGGAUGCCGCUUAUAACUUUUGCCGAGUCAAACUCCGAAACGAAAGGCAAUUCUAGUCUGCUGUCGUACACAUUCGACUCAGCUAUGUCCUCCUGGAUGCGCGUGGCGGACGACAGCUUUGUGUACUCGGAUUUUGCAUCCGCGCUUUCAACAGAUGCAGUGACAGUCAAGAGCGUUCCUAUUGGUCCAUUGCGGCAGCUCCAAAAUGCCUCUGGCUACGGUCGAUCUCAGAGAGGCAUUGCUUCAGCUAUGCUGUCUGGAAUGUCAGAUCCACUGAUGCAGCGCAAUUUGACGCGCUCGCAUCUUGAGCACCAGGCUGCCGCUGCAAUUGUGCUGAAAAGCUCGACUGAAUAUUGUUAUUGGAUACAGACGUACGCGAGGUUUCUGACAAACGAUGAAGACGUAACACGCCUGGAUGAACUCUGUGCUGAGAUGAUGGGCCCCUUCCAUGCAUCGUCAACUAGAAGCUCAGUCAGUGACAAGAAGUCUGCUCGACGUGGAAACGAGAGUAAUGAAUGGGAUCCGAUGGUUCUGGACCUUGUGAAACGUGACGUCUUGAAGAUCCACAUCUUGCCAACGAUUGCAAUGAACCGUGCAUUGCAGCGCAUUGUGACAAAGUACCAGUUGAUGCUGAGCGAGAUUGACUCACGCGAGAAGGACGAUGAAGACGACAAUGACUCGUAG